AUGCAGCUGCUGCUGGGCCUGGCAGGGGUCCUGGCCACAUUCAUCCUUGCCCAGCCUUGUGAGGGCACGGCCCCAGCCUCCCCCAGGGUGGUGGAGACCCCGGUCCUUCAGGACUGCAUAGCAGAGGCCAAGUUGCUGGUGGAUGCUGCCUACAACAGGACGCAGAGGAGGAUCAAGCAGCGCCUUCGCAGCGGGUCGGCCAGCCCCAUGGACCUCCUGUCCUACUUCAAGCAACCGGUAGCAGCCACCAAGACAGCCGUGAGGGCCGCAGAUUACAUGCAUGUGGCCUUAGGGCUGCUGAAGGAGAGGUUACAACCUCAGAGGCCCAGAUCCUUCAAUGUCACUGAUGUGCUAACGGAACCCCAGCUGUGGCUGCUGUCCAGGGCCAGUGGCUGUGCUCUCCAGGAUCAGGCUGAGAAGUGCAGCGACAAGUACCGUACCAUCACUGGGAGAUGCAACAACAAGAAGAGACCCUGGCUGGGGGCCUCUAACCUGGCCCUGUCCCGCUGGCUGCCUGCCGAGUAUGAGGACGGGCUGUCGCUCCCCUUUGGCUGGACCCCUGGCAAGAGACGCAAUGGCUUCCUCCUCCCCCUUGUCCGGGCUGUCUCCAACCAGAUCGUGCGCUUCCCCAGCGAGAGGCUGACCUCCGAUCGGGGCCGGGCCCUCAUGUUCAUGCAGUGGGGCCAGUUCAUUGACCACGACCUGGGCUUCUCCCCGGAGUCUCCAGCCAGAGUGGCCUUCACUGCUGGUGUUGACUGUGAGAGGACCUGUGCCCAGCUGCCCCCCUGCUUCCCCAUUAAGAUUCCAGCCAAUGACCCCCGCAUCAAGAACCAGCGUGACUGCAUCCCCUUCUUCCGCUCGGCACCCUCAUGCCCCCAAAACAGGAACGAAGUCCGAAACCAGAUCAAUGCGCUCACCUCCUUCGUGGAUGCCAGCAUGGUGUACGGCAGCGAGGUCUCCCUUGCUCUGCGGCUCCGCAACAAGACCAACUAUCUAGGGCUGCUGGCCACCAACCAACGCUUCCACGACAAUGGACGGGCCCUGCUGCCCUUCGACAACCUGCACGAUGACCCCUGUCUCCUCACCAACCGCGCCGUGCGCAUCCCCUGCUUCCUGGCAGGUGACUCCCGAACAAGUGAAACCCCCAAAUUGGCCGCCAUGCACACUCUCUUUAUGCGAGAGCACAACCGUCUGGCCACUGAGCUGAGACGCCUGAAUCCCCAGUGGAGCGGAGACAAGCUGUACAAUGAGGCCCGGAAGAUCGUGGGGGCCAUGGUUCAGAUCAUCACCUACCGAGACUUUCUGCCCCUGGUUCUGGGAAAGGCCCGGGCCAGGAGAACCCUGGGGCCCUACAGGGGUUAUUGCUCCAAUGUGGACCCGCGUGUGUCCAAUGUCUUCACCCUGGCCUUCCGCUUCGGCCACACCUUGCUCCAGCCCUUCAUGUUCCGCUUGGACAGCCAGUACCGGGCCUCAGCACCCAACUCACGUGUCCCACUUAGCUCUGCCUUCUUUGCCAGCUGGAGAAUAGUGUAUGAAGGAGGCAUCGACCCCAUCCUCCGAGGCCUCAUGGCCACCCCUGCCAAGCUGAACCGUCAAGAUUCCAUGCUAGUGGAUGAGCUCCGGGACCGGCUGUUUCGGCAAGUGAGAAGAAUCGGGCUGGACCUGGCGGCUCUCAAUAUGCAACGCAGCCGGGACCAUGGCCUUCCAGGCUAUAAUGCUUGGAGGCGCUUCUGCGGGCUUUCCCAGCCCCAGAAUCUGGCACAGCUUAGCCGGGUACUAAAAAACCAAGAUUUGGCACAGAAGUUCCUGAAUCUGUAUGGGACACCAGACAACAUUGAUAUCUGGAUUGGGGCCAUCGCAGAGCCCCUUUUGCCGGGGGCCCGAGUUGGACCUCUUCUGGCUUGCCUUUUAGAGAACCAGUUCAGAAGAGCCCGAGAUGGAGACAGGUUCUGGUGGCAGAAAUGGGGUGUUUUCACCAGAAGACAGCGCAGGGCCCUGAGCCAGAUCUCCUUGUCUCGAAUUGUGUGUGACAAUACCGGUAUCACCACUGUUUCGAAGGACAUCUUCAGGGCCAACAUCUACCCCCGGGAUUUUGUGAGCUGCAGCUGUAUCCCCAGGUUGAACCUGUCGGCCUGGCGAGAAAAAUGA